GUUCCUCGCCGCCGCGGCGGCUGGGCUUCCCAUCGGCAGCGGCGCCGGUUCCUGGCGCGUCGGCGGCCCUGCGGCUCGCGGCUGGGCUGGCCGCCGGACAUGUCGGGUGGUGGCGCGCCCGGCUCCAGCAGCGGCCUGGGCCCGGCCGUGGAGGACGUGAUCCUCCUCGAGCAGCUCGAGGAGCACGGCGACGUGGCCGAGUCGGACUUCGAGCUGGAACUCCUCAGGCACCAGCUCGAUUUGCGGGCGCAGGCCGGAGCCACGGUGGAGUGGGUGACGCCUGCGGUCGAGGAGGCCGGCGGCGGCGCCUACAUCGACGCUGGCGGGCGGUGGCGCCGCACCUCCGUUGGGAGGGAGCCGCUGACCAUCGUCGUCCGGUCGUUCUUGGACGUGGCGGUGCGGCGCCAGUGGAUCUCCGCGGACCUGGGCGAGGACGUGGCAUCGUUCCGCAUGCGGGUCGGGCGCCCCACCUGUACGCCGAGGGAGAACAUUGUGCUGAUGGUUCACAACCGGCUGAUGCUGGACGGGAAUCCUCUCAGGACCUACGGCGUCGGGGCCGAGUCCGAGGUCUUCGCGACCCGCAAGGUCCGCGGAGGCGCCGAGUCAGGCGAUUCAAGCGUAGGGCCUGACUCCCCUCUGGGCUGGGUGUGUGGCCAGUGCCGCUCGUGGAACAGGUGCGGGCUUGAGUGCCACCUGUGCGGGACGGCCAACCCCGACAUGGACCUGGACAGCAGCGAAAGCGACGAGGCGUCCGACAUCGUGGCGGAGAUCGAUGCCGCGGGUGGCGCCGACGAGGAGCUGAUCGACCCGCCGUCCGUGGAGGCCGCGCCCGGGCCCUUCUUCGUGGGCGUCCUCGAUCAGAACGGGACGUUCUGGACGGAGCCGCUGGGCGGAGGCGCCGGUGGUGGAGGCGGGGAGGUCCGCGUGGGGACUGGCGCCGUGCUGCCAGAGAUCCUGUCACAGGAGGCGACUCCCAUCAACGGGCACUACACCUCGGCUGCUCUGUCCCUCGCUGAGAGGGCCGCCGCGGACGACGCCCUGAUCGACGAUGACGAAGACGAUCCCACCCAGUCCAGCGGCGGCGACAGCCGCGGUGAGGGCAGCCCGCCGCCGGCCGCCAGUG